AUGACAGGAGACGCUUCUAGGAAGACUAGAUCACGAACAGGAUGUUUCACCUGUCGUAGGAGAAAGAAGAAAUGUGAUGAAUUACUGUAUCCCAUUUGUCAAAACUGCCAAGUGAAAGGAUUAGAAUGUGCUUGGCCACCAUUAAAACAUGAAAUACAUAAGAAGGUAGAACAAGUGAGAUACAUAGAUUAUAGCGGUCCUAUAUCAGCAAAAUCAGAAAAGCGUGUAAAUGAAGACGUGGGAGAAGAAGAAGAAGAGGAGGAACAUGAAGAUGCUUACAAAUCAUUAGAUGAAGAAACGGAAUCAUCACUCAGCAGUAUUGAUUUAAUUAAUUUGACAAGUGCUCCAACAAACAAUACCUCCGUACGACGAACAUCAAUUGAUAAUAGCAAAAUAUAUAAGUCCUGGCAAACAACAAAUGUCCCAUCUAAUUCAUUUUUGAAACCACAAAUAAAACCAACAUCAUCUGCACGCAUGCCUGACAACCACAAGAAAUCCAAAAGGGAAUAUUAUCUACAGAGAAUAGCAAUGCAGCAGGACUUUGAUCUUAUAUCAUCAGGAUUUCAACAAAACCUGAACAUACCUGGCAGGCUGAUUAGUUAUGAUGAUUUCAAAUCUAUGAGCAACUCAGCUGAGUCGUUGAAUUCAUUACUUGCCGAUCCUUUGUUAAUGUCUUCAAUAGAUAGCCCUGUCGUUGAUGACACAUUUCUAGAACAAGCCAUACGACAGGUUUUGCCCAGUGAAACACCUGAAACCACUCAAGUCAAACAGAAAUCUAGAGAAUAA